UCGUAUCAUUCGUUUCUCUACAUAUUAGGCAGUUCACAUCCUUGUCUUCUCUCAUUCGUACUCUUAGAGAAACCUCCAAGUUUCCAAAUCUCCUUUUUCAAUUGAAGACAAAUUGACAUACAGACAGGCAAAGAGAGAUGGGUGCUGAUUGGGGGCCGGUUGUUGUUGCGGUUAUUUUGUUCAUCCUCUUCUCACCAGGGCUGCUGUUCCAAUUGCCGGCAAGAACAAGGGUGGUGGAGUUCGGAAACAUGAGCACAAGUGGGAUUGCCAUUCUGGUUCAUGCUAUUAUAUUCUUUUGCGUACUCACCAUAUUGGUCAUUGCAAUUGGUAUUCACAUACACGUUAAUUAAUCUAAACUCUGUUCAGCAUCCCCAAACUUGUCAGCUUUUUCUUCAACCCCCUGUCUAAACCUCCUCAAGAUGGGGUUGUUGUUGUUGUUGUAUCUUUUUCUUUGUUGAGUUUUCAAAUUUAAUAUCCCUUCAUGUGUUCCUCGUUGA